GUUGAGGUGAGUAGAUGUGUCUAUGUGUCUAUGUCCCUAUGUGAGUAUUGUCAAGUGUUGUGAGCCUGUAUGUGUUAUAUUGUAUUAUAUUGUAUGUAUAUGUUAGCCUGUGAUUGUGUCAUAAUACGUAUUUCACUGGAGGGCCAUUCCCAAAAUGUAUAACCAAGCCUGUGCGAGUGUGUUUCAGCCGGUGACUGUGUGUUUGAAUACAUGUUUGCCUGGAUGUGUAUUCCCAGAAGUAUAUUGCCAUUUUGUGACGUGUACCCUAAGAGCCGACGCGUGUUGCCGACGAGUGUACCGGACGAGCCGACGCGUGAAGCCGACGAGCUCCCUCGAAGACGACGAGGACGUUUGGUGCCAUCCUGACGAGGAUUCCAGUCGAUGUCAACCUUAUCUUUAGGAAAACUUUGGCCGGAAUUAAGAAAGAGAAAUGCGAAGUUAUCUGGACGAAAAAAAGAAUUAAUCGAGAGACUCGAAGCCUAUGAUCGUAAUCACAACUUCAACAACUGCGAGGAGCUUAUGCCAGCGUUCAGAAUGCAAAUUCCAGCCACCAGUUUCUACAAAGAUGUCAACACCAACAUGAAGAUGGCUCCGGUUGACCGUGAAAAGGCGAAUGUGUAUAUGGAACGUGUCAAGUGUGUACAGUCCGGAGAAGUAAAGGUGGAGUCAUCGUUUACAGAACAGCUCCAGUCAUUUACAUAAAUCGAAGAAGCACACAUGAUCCCCGGUAAAGGCUCGAGACUUGAAGAUGGGUGGGGCUGAGAUAUGUAAUAUUGCAGACUUUGACCCCAUGCCUAUUCAUUGUAGAAAUGCUGCAAACUACAAGGACCAUUUUCACAACACAUGUAUGAAAUUUGCUGGAAUAUCAAAAACUCCAAUAUUUCUGACUUUCGAGCUAGCAAAUAUGUACGCGUUUAUUAAUGACCAUGACUACUUCAGUACUUCGCAUGAACAGAACUUUCUUAACCACAACAAAAUUACCCAAAUAACACAAGAAGAGUGUGAUAAUAUUGAAGUUCAGACGAGGGUACAAAAUUCUAAUGAUCGGUGGUAUGAGGAGCGGGAAAAGCGCAUUCAGUCGUCAAAUUACCACAGAAUUUGUACUACAACAGAAAAGGCAAAUUUAGUUGGAUUGGCUUCAAAAAUAGUUCAGGGACGUGUUGUGAGGCAAAAUGAAGCGAUUCGACAUGAUUGCAAAUAUGAAAAAAAAACUGCUAUACACAUUUAUGAAAGUGACAGGAAUGUAAUAGUCAAGUCUUGUGGCAUAACUGUUUCACGAGCACACCCAUUCCUAGGGGCAUCUCCUGAUGGAAUUGUGAAUAAGGACUUGAUAGUGGAGGUGAAAUGCCCAUUCAGUGCUAUUAAUAAAGAGAUUUCCUAAGUGAAUGUACCAUAUCUAAAAGAGGUUAACGGUAAACAGAAAUUGAGCAAACACAUCCCUAUUAUUAUCAAAUUCAGGGCCAGUUGUUUUGUUCAGAACGAAAGUACUGUUAUCUGAUUGUUUAUACCUUGACUGACAUAAAAUACAUAAGAGUACAAAAAAUGAGGACUUCAUUUCACAGAUGCUUUUAAAACUUGAACAUUUCUUUCAGAAUUAUUUUAAGACUGAAUUGUUAAGAAAGUUGUUUUACAAGGAUGUUUAAAAUAAGGUCCCAGCUCAGUCAUGUAUAUAAGUAAAUACUGUUGUUACCAUGUUUCUUGUAAAAACUUCAAUUUACU